AGCGCGGUGCCCCUGGCCCACGUGGUGCUGGAGGGUCGCAGGGACCGGCCGCCCCUGGUCCUGCUCCACGGGCUCUUUGGCAGCCACGGCAACUUCCAGACAGUGGCCAAGACGCUGGUACGACGUGGGAGUGGCAAGGUGCUGACAGUGGACGCCCGGAACCACGGCGGGAGCCCCCACAGCCCUGAGAUGACAUACGAGGCCAUGAGCCUGGAUGUGCAGCACCUCCUGAGCCGCCUGGGCAUCGCCAAGUGCAUCCUGCUGGGACAUAGCAUGGGCGGCAAGACUGCCAUGACGUUGGCCUUGCAGCGGCCAGACCUGGUGGAGCGCCUCAUCUCUGUGGACAUUGGUCCCAGCUCGACCGCCCCCGUGUCCGAAUUCUCUGCCUACAUCUCUGCCAUGAAGGAGGUGAAGGUCCCAGCUGGCCUGUCCCGCUCUGCAGCCCGACAGCUGGCUGAUGACCAGCUGCAGCCUGUGGUCAAGCUCCCACAGCUCAGACAGUUCCUCCUCACCAACCUGGUGGAGGCGGAGGGCCGCUACGUGUGGAGGGUGAACCUGGAGGCUAUUUCCCGGCACCUGGAAGAUAUCAUGAAUUUCCCUGUCUUCCACAAGCCGUAUCCUGGCCCCACACUCUUCCUGGGAGGGUCUGACUCGCCCUAUAUCAGCUCCAGAGACUAUCCGGAGAUCCAGCGCCUCUUCCCCAAGGCGGAGAUCCAGUACAUCAAAGGUGCAGGGCACAUAGUCCAUCAGGAUAAAUUCGAAGAAUUCAUCACUGCUGUCCUCAAUUUCCUGCCACAGGUGUAGCACUGGGGACCAGGAUUUCUGCAAGGACCGUGUGGGUCCUGAGGAGCUCUGGGCAGUGACACAGGGCUUGGGGCUCUGUGAGGAGGGGCUCAGCUGGGACUGGCUCCUCUCAGUGCAGUUUGAUCCUGCCUGCAAGGCUCUCCCAUCCUGGUUCUCCUGCAGCCAGAGUGGAGAGGGAACUCCAUCCCACUGAUCUCCCCUGCCACCUCGCAGGGACACAGGGUGGCACAGCCCAGGACACCGUCCUGCCUGCACUGGAGUGUUGGGCACUCGGAGGGGGCAGGAGAGCCCUCUCGUUUUCCUGCUGCCAGACCCACCUGUGGAUCUGGCUGUGACUUUGCAGAACGUGCAAUAAAGCUGAAUCGGUGCCAAGGCACAA